AUGUUCAGCGCGGAGCUGGAGCCUCAGCUGCUGCGGAAUGGCUUUACCCAGACGCCUCCGGAUAUGGGGAUCCCAAUUACACCCAUGAUACCCGCGAUGCCCCAGCUGGAGAAUUUCAUCCAAAUGCACGACACCCCCUACGAUCACGACAGUGACAACCAUUUCUUGGCCAUGGGAAGUGGUCAACAAAGCAUGAUAGAUUUCGACUCAACCAACCUCCUUGCCGACUUCAUGAGCCCUCCCUCCGCCAUGUUACACGAUCCUAAUGAUCAGUUCAUGUUGAGCGGGAAGAUGAAUAUGCAGACUCCUAAUCACAUGCCUUUGCACCUGCACAUGCAUGAGGGAUCGACCCCUCUCGGGCUCCGACUAGACCUGGAGAGCCCACACAUUCACUUACAGUACAGGCCCCCUGCCGGGCUUUCUCCAUCUAUCUCCUCCACCACCAGUGGCUUGCAAGAGCCUGAUGCUGUGCUGGCUGCCCAUCAUGCGUGGCCAUUCUUCCAGUGCAAUCGUGUUGAGAGGUAUUCCUUUGCUCCGCCCAAAACUGCUGGCAUCUAUCUGGAAGGGCUCGCCCAGACCCUCCGGAAUCAGGCAACUUGGACAGCCUGGACAGACCAGGUGGACGAGUCUUCGCUAGACAUUUCAACCGAGCGGAAGAUCGGCACCGAGCCCAUAGUGGGGUGGUCGCGGGAGAAGCUGCUUGCCAUAACCCAAGGCUUCCUCCACAAAGCAUUGGAAAUCCAUAAGGCUGACCAUGCAGUUCGUGAAGAGACUCCGUCAAGUCCCGAUUCCAGUCGCGAUGCAUUCUUGAUGCUCCCUCCCUCUGAUGUCAUGCAGUACUUCCUGAGAAGUUAUGUGGUUCGCUAUGAGCCUUACUAUUCAUCAAUUCCGGCGGGCCGUCUUGACCCCAACGUCUUCAUGCAAUCACACAACAGCAAAGCUGCAAGUCUGCUUAUCCUCCUCAUGGUUGCAUCGGGAGCAUCAUCGACGGCCACUGUUGAGGCGAGGUAUGUCGCCAGUGGACUGACGGAAGCCUGCCGUAUUUCACUCUUCGAUAUGAUUGAAAAGGAUGUCCUCCAGUCUCGAGAGGUUUUGGUGCUGCGAUCGGCUCUCCUGUUUACCUGUCUCGCCGCCUGGUCCGGUGACAAAUGGCACAUGGAUAUGGCCAUGGGUCAGCGCGGCAUGUACUUGGCUAUGUUGGAUCAUUCAGGCAUGCUCAAUGCCGCGGAUUCGCGGAUCGACGUCGACCAAUGUAGAAAUGAGCCAGACAGGGCGUGGGAGGAUUGGAAAGAACAUGAAGGCAAACAUAGACUUACUCACUCUUGGGUUAUCGUUGACCAAGAGAUGAGUCUCUUCUCGGACACCACCCCUUUGUUGUCAGUAGUAAACCUUCAUGCACCCAUGCCUGACUCGGAUGACCUCUGGCAUGCCGAGUCUGCCACGGAAUGGCUCGAGCUGUUCGGGAAGGUUCAUGGCUCCACAUAUGAGAGUCAUGCGUCAGUGCGAGACUUCUUCACCAGCUUUGUCGACGGCGAACUGGCUGGGAAGGAACUUUCGCCAACGCAGCUACGGCUGCUGCUUCACCCUCUGCAAGCCCAGGUGUGCCAGUUGCGUCAGUUCAUUGCGUGUCUGCCCGACGGUGGCAGUCAGGGUAAGGCAUCCCGGACUGUCUCCAGAGUAGCAACCAAGGCCAGGUUGGAGGAGAUAUCUUCUCUCCUGCAGCACUGGUAUGCAAUCAGCAAGCAAAGUUUCUCCGGCAAUAAAGGGACAUGUUGGACGACCUGCGCCAACCUCAUCAUGUACCACCUGAUCUCUCUGAAUGUAAUCACCAGUUUCAAGGACAUCGAGCAAUUUGCCCGGCGCGAGGUGGCUCUGGGGUCUUUCCGAUUUGCAUCUUGGCUGCAGAUGAGAUGCAUCGACCAGCCCGGGGAGGCCUACUUCCACUGUGGACAAAUCCUUCGCCUGAUCCGAUCCAUGCCACGUCCUGUUCGACCUCCUUGGUGGGCAGGUGCUGUUUAUCGGGUCGCGUUGACGGGAUGGGCAACCAGCAUGGCCGGAGGAGCUGGGCGGUUCUCACCUAGUCAUGCUCAAGUUGAGCCUGAUCGACCGUUUGCCAUUGAUGAUCUGACGCCUGAGAACGAGGCCAUCAGUCGAUACAUGAAGUAUCAAGAAGGGACGCCGAUGCUGACCCGGCCGGAUGGCUCCUUUGCACCUAUGGAUGUACCCCCGAACGUCCUUCAGCACUGUAUUGAGCUCCUUGAGGACGACUCUUCGAUGCGAUUGACUGACGGCAUCAAACGCAAGCUCCGGAUGUUCAUGGCCAGCUGGAAAGACAGCGCCUGA